AUGCCCGACAUAACUCUAGGCGAGCAAGGUUUCUAUCUCGUUUCUGUUGAGUUCAAAGGGGAAGCCCGCGAAGUUAUGAUCACAUGGCUACAAGUCGGAUCGGACAUUCAUAACUACAACAAGUUCUUGCUUCCUGAUUCAAGUAUUCAGCUGCUCGCCAUGCCUUCACAGCAACCGAGAUCUACAGCGAGGACCGGAGAGCCGUUUGCGGUCGAGCUGUCCAGCAAUAGUAUAGGCUAUAAGCACGACGCCAUCUUCCUGAUGUGGACGACAAAAUCGUACGCGCCCAUUCUAAGCUACAUCGUGCUCUACAGGGCUGAAGAGGACAUCAACAAACCGUGGAAGCGAAUCAAUGUUCCGGCAGAAAAGUCGGAUGGCAGCGAGAACCACUAUGGCUCAUUCGAGAUCACGGGUCUACAUCCAGACUCCGUCUAUCAGAUACAGAUUCAGGCAAAGAACCAGCACGGCGUCAGUCGCAUCGAGGACACGUGGGAGCUAAGGACACAGCCAGAGGGAAAGGAGGUUGAAAAGCCACAGAGCAGACCCAGGCUAGGCACCGAUGUUAGUCGCCAUCUUGAUCGUAACAGCCAAGGCAGCAUCAGCAGUAGCAGUCGACCAACGUUUACCCGAGUCAGCGGUUUUCUAGCUUUCCUAUGUGCAGCAGUCAUAUCAUUAUAAACAAGGCGCUACGAAAUCGCCGACUCGCGUACUUUGAAAAUGAUAUUAGGAUUUUUUUUACUGUCAAUUUGUGUCUUAUUAACACGUAUGCGUGGACGGAUAUAAUGUAAAGGCUGCCUGUAAUCAUUGUAUAUACAAGAUAGGUUCACACUACCGGUUCAUGUUACAACACAUUAUAGAUUCUGAUUUAGAUUCUGAUUGCGACAUGGGCAUUUUAGGUGAGGAGGUAAAAUUUGAGAGGUGCGUGUAGGGGCAAUGCAGGUGGCGCCAUCGUACAAACAUGGGGUAAUGUAAUGCGUGUUUGAGUUAUAAGAAACUGUAGAGUAUGUUAUCCGGUUGAGUUGUAAUUAACGUAAUGUUGGCGAAUGAUUUUCUAAUGGGAAAGCUGGGACGCAACGCGGAACAGGCAACUGAUGUCAAGAAAAUAACUGUAAACGGAAUUUAAACCAUUAAAACAAAUUAAAAUCAAAUAACUGUAACAGACCUCAACGGAACAGACCUCACUACAACUUGCUUGUUUUGCGUGAGGCAUCCAUUUAAUGUGUGUAAAUACAAGAAUAAAACGAUAUGUAUCAAUUGUA